AUGCUGGAGGCGAUGGAGACGGGCUGGCCGCAGCUUCACCCCAUGCACAUGACGCUCUCGGAGAGGAUUAUGCAGGAGCAGGAGAGCAAGUCCGGGGUGGGGGUUGUAGGCAGAUCAAACCUGCACACCGUCUUCGUUAUUCAUUCCAGAGGAGAGGGGCUGACGCUCAAAACGAUGGGAGAGGCACUUGAAAUCCUCCAAGAUACAGCCCCUGGGGUUCAGCUCCCCCACCGCCACCACGGGCUGUUCGAAUGGGAGGGGCAGGACAAAAGCAACAUCGUCCUCCAGAGCGACCAGCUCGACCUCCCCUACAUCUUCGACAACAAGCCGCUCGACAGCUACGAGCAGCAGCAGAUCGCCGUCCUCCCCGCCGCCGACCUCGUCGUCACCGCCAAGGAGAACCACCUCCCGGACUCCGAGCACCGCAUAGUACGCUCCAUCGUCGAGGCGCUCAGGGCGUGCGGGGUGCAGGUGUCAACAUCGGAACGUUUUUAG